UGCUCAUUCACACAGAGAGUACUUGUUUCCUGGUCUCUGGCCCUUUGUUCUUCAGAGUUACAGAACAGACACCUUCAGGAAUUGCCCAAGGACAUGAGUUUAAGACUAAGACAAGCUUUAACUAAUAGCACUCUCUAAUUCAUUUCUUAGCACUCUAGACUCUCUAAAUCCUUCAUGAAUUUUAUGAACUAUUAGGGCAAAACUACCAUUUUUGUUUAUUUUUAGAGCUGGGGAGUGAGCCUCUAGGCCUUGCAUGUUAGGCAGACAUUCCUCACUGGCCUGUGCUCUCAGUCCUCUUUUUUUACUCUAAACUUUCUAAAUAGUUUCCUUUGGUUAAAAUAUAUAAUUCAGUCCAGUGAAGAAUCCUAUGGAAGGCAAGGCCCCAUUCCCAUGAGAGUGAGACAUUCCUUUGUUAGGAAUCCAGACUCUGUUUACUCUGUUAUUAAGUUUUGAACUCUUUAGAGAUGGGUGUCAGUGCAACCCUGUGAUCUUAGCACUCAACAAGGCAGGGCCAAAACUCCUAGCUUGAGACCAGCUUGGUCUGUAUAGUGAGUUCCAGGACCCUGGACUGUCAUCUACUAAAGAAAGGAAGGGACAGCAGCCUUUUGUGUCUGGUCAAGGUAUAGUGCUACAGCUUUAAGGGUAAAGGAUAAGUUUUAAUAGCUUCUUUUGAUGUGUUAGUAACUCAAACUAUUCACAUAGUUUUAAAAUGUACAGUUUCAUUAAGCUCUUUUUUUGUUUUGUUCUUCUGAGACAAGAGUUUCUCUCUGUAGAAAUUGUCUGCUGUUUCUGGCUGUCCUGGAACUCAAUCUGUAGACCAGGCUGACUUCGAACUCACAGAGAUGCAGCUGCCUCUGCCUGCUGAGUAUUGAGAUCAAAGGUGUGCACCACCACCACUACCUGGCUGGCAAUUGCCCCUGCCGUUUCUUCUUUGAUUGUUUUAGUUGAUGUCAUGUAAACAUUAGUUUGGUUAAUACAUCUGAACCUUUGGCCAAGGUCAUGGAAAUCCCAAAUGUGCUGUCAACGCAGAUGUCACUGUUAUGGGGUAGAAGGCUGAGAAGUGUCCAAGCAGACUAAAGUGGAGUUAGGACAAGAUGGGGUUACCUUCAUCACGUUAGUUAUGAUCAAACAUUGUUUCCGAGACUGGGUCUCAUGUAGCCCAGGCUAAGGGGAUCUUAAACUCCUCAUUCUCCUGCUUUUAUCUCGUAAGUUCUGUUUCUACAGGGGUGCACUACACACAGCUUAUGUGGUGUUGGAGACUGAACCAAGAGCUUCUUGUGUGCCAGGCAAGCACUCUACCAACUGACUACAUCCCUAGGCCAUGAUCACGGCUUUGAGUUUUAGCCGUUUUAGUAGAUAUUGAUACUGCAUGGUUUUAUUUGUUUUCUAAGUCUUUUGAGAUAAGAUCUCUUGUUUGACCUGGAGCUUAUGUGUAGCCGAGGACGCCCCCAUCUCUCACCACCAUGUCUGGCAAUGAUGCCUUUUUCAAAAAAGAACUAUUUACUUUUAAGUGUGUGUUUGUAGGCAUAUAUGUCUGAACAUCAUGUGUGCCUGGUAGCUGCAGAAGUCAGAAAAGGGUGUUGGGUCCCCGGAACUGGAGUUAAGGUGGUUAUGAGUGUCUAUGGGAGCUGGGAACCUGAGCCCUCUGUGAGAACAGCAAGUACGUUAACUUGUGAGCCGUCUCUCCAGUCCCAGUAGUGCGUGCUGGUUCAUUUAUGUUUUCUAUGGAUAUUAAUGUAUUCUUUCUACGUUUGUUUGCUGUCUGCACAUAUCUUUUCUGUUGCUUUUUGGAGGCAGGGUUUUACUAGGUAGCCUUGGCUGACUUGGAACUCACUGUGCAGACCAGGCUGGCCUUGAACUCAGAUACUCACCUGCCUCUGUCUCACCAGGGCUAAGAAGAAAGGCAGGUACCAUCAUACCUGGAUUAUCUCUUGAUUUUACAAAUUUAUGUUGUUUGCUCUAGCAUAUCUUGAGAAUUCUUUUUUUUUUUAAUUUAUUUUUACUUUGUAUGUAUAGCUGUUCUGCCUGCAUCUGUAUAAUGAGUAUCAUAUACGCAUGCCUGCUGCUCUUGGAGGCCAGAAGAAGGCAUUGGACCCUUAGGACUUGAGUUGCAGAUAGUUAAGAGCCACUGUGUAGGUCCUGGUAAUCAGAGUCAGGUUCUCUGGAACAGUGAGCAGUCUGUGCUCUUAACCGCCGAGUCAUCUCUCCAGCUACUGUCCUGAGAAUUCUUUGUUUAAGGUACAGAUUCUUUCUCAGGAGGUUGAUUUUCAGAUCUUCCUUUCCCAUUGGUGGUUGUCAUUCUCCUAAAAUAUCUUUCGGGGAAUAGAAGUUGUAUGCUGUGCAUGUGUGCAUGUAUGUAUGUGUGUGUACACAUGGAUGUGGGUGUGUGUUCAGCAUGGAUGUAAGUGCAUGUGUGGAGGUGGAGGCCAGAGAUAUAUGCUGAAUGUCUUCUCUUUUGCUUUCCACUGUACUUUUUGGGUCAGUUUCUCAUUGAAGCUCAUUGAUUAUCUGGCUAGCAGGUUCCAGGGACCUUCCUGUCAAGUGUUCUCCCUUUCUCACCAGCCAUUGGGCUGCAGGCUUGUUCAUGGUGCAGAGGACCCAGACGCAGAUGUGACCUCAUGUUCACACAGGAGGUGCCUUACUGACUGAACUAGCUUCUCAGCACCUAGAUUCUACAGCACCUACAUUCUGAUGAAGUACCACCUUAAAGAUCCACUUCCAUGGAUUGUGCAUUUGGUGACCAAAGGUCAUACAAAGUAUCUUCUGUAUUUUCUUAUAGUUUUACUUUGUUGAUGUUAAGAGAUGGCACCACACUGGAUUGCUAGCUGCCCCUCACACUCCUGGGUUCAAGUGAUUUUAUUAAUUUCCUUGUAUGUGAUACAAGAUCAGAGUUUUGAGAAGUCUUUUAAGAUUUUUAUUUUAUGUGUAUGGGUAUUUUGCCUGUCUGUCUGUCUGUCAUCUGUCUACCACUUAUAUGCCUGAUGCUCACUGAGGCCAAAAGAGAGCUUUUGGCUCUCCUGAAACAGUUGUGUGGAUAUUUGUUCUAUGGCAUCUGUUAAAAUAACUUUUUUUUUUUUUUUGACAUGGGGUUUCUCUGCUCUGUAGCUCUGGCUGUUCUGGACUAGGCUGGCUUCCAAGUCCCAGAGAUCUGCCUGCCUCUGUCUCCCCAGAGCUAGAAUUAAAAGCAUGCCCCAUACCCAGUUCCUUUUUUUUGCUUGAUCACUUGCUCUUUUGGUAGUUAAUUGGACACUUUGGUUAGACUUCAGUCUCAUGUGUGGUAUUUGAACGAGAAUGGUUCUGUAGGCUCAGAUAUUUCAAUGCUUGGUCUCUAAAUGGUGGAGCUGUUUUGGUGGGAAAGAUUAGAUGUGGCCUUGUUAGAGGUGCGUCACUGCCAGUGGGCUUUGAGUUUUCAAAAGCCCAUGCCAGGCCCAGCAGAAAGAUAUAUUAAACUUUAUAAAAAACAACAAAAAAAAAUCCAAAUAAAAUGUCGUACCUGAAGAUCUAGCUUUCUUCCUCUCUUUACCCUGCCACCUUCUCAUUUUUCUGAUCACUGGUAAGGAAGUCGUGUCGUUUACAAGUGUAAGGUAAAACGUGCUUGGCAUAAUUAUUGCUACCUGUGACCCCACAGUAGGUGUCUCAGCAGCAUGGACCCCAUGGAGGCCCCAUUCCGUAUGUCUGUAACGUCUGAUUUAAGUGGUGGAAAGUGGGAGCAGUGUUGCAGAAACUUAAGAUGUAACCGUCUGAUUGAAGUGGUGGAAAGUGGGAGCAGUGUUGCAGAAACUUAAGAUGUAAGAUACAUGAGAACAGAGUCAUGUUCCUCUACAUGGUCUCAUUGCAGCUAUUUCUUUAAAAAGUAAAUGUGGCAGCCCAGAAAAACAAGAAGAAAUAGUUUAGUGCAAUAUCAGAGAUUUGUUUGAAGAAAGUUAAUAAUUGAUAGACUUAAAGUUGAAAUAGGACAGAUGUUUUUAGUUUGUGUUAAUGUGCUCUUUUUCUUAUUAAAAAUACAAAGGCACUGGCAGAGAUGAAUUUAAGGAGAUUAAUAGAGACAGACAGUAAGUCUUUAAGAUCAGUGAAUGGGUCAAGAAGAAACAGCGGCUCCUCUCUUGUUUCAAGUUCAUCGGCCUCCAGCAACCUCAGCCACUUGGAGGAAGACUCUUGGAUUCUAUGGGGAAGAAUUGUGAAUGAGUGGGAUGAUGUACGCAAGAAGAAAGAAAAGCAAGUGAAGGAGCUCGUUCGUAAAGGGAUACCCCACCACUUCAGAGCCAUAGUUUGGCAGCUUCUGUGUGAUGCUCAGACUAUGCCGGUUAAGGACCAGUAUUCAGAGCUACUGAAGAUGACGUCACCUUGUGAGAAGCUGAUCCGGAGGGACAUUGCCAGAACUUACCCAGAACACAACUUCUUUAAGGAAAAAGAUAGCCUUGGACAGGAGGUUUUAUUUAAUGUAAUGAAGGCGUACUCCUUAGUGGACCGCGAGGUUGGCUACUGUCAGGGCAGUGCUUUCAUAGUUGGACUGCUGCUUCUGCAGAUGCCAGAAGAAGAAGCUUUUUGCGUAUUUUUUAAAUUAAUGCAAGACUACCGACUUCGUGAACUGUUUAAGCCAAGUAUGGCAGAGUUGGGCCUGUGCAUGUACCAGUUUGAAUGCAUGAUACAGGAGUAUCUUCCAGAGCUCUUUGUACAUUUUCAGUCUCAGAGUUUCCAUACAUCAAUGUAUGCAUCAUCCUGGUUCCUGACUAUCUUUCUUACAACUUUCCCACUACCAAUUGCAACAAGGAUAUUUGACAUCUUUAUGUCUGAGGGUUUAGAAAUAGUGUUUCGAGUAGGAUUAGCACUUCUUCAGAUGAAUCAGGCAGAAUUAAUGCAACUUGACAUGGAAGGGAUGUUACAGCACUUCCAGAAGGUCAUUCCACAUCAGUUUGAUGGUGGCCCAGAAAAAUUAAUCCAGUCAGCUUACCAAGUCAAAUACAACUCAAAAAAAAUGAAAAAACUUGAAAAAGAAUACACUACAAUAAAAACUAAAGAAAUGGAAGAGCAAGGUGAAAUUAAAAGGUUACGCACAGAAAACAGGCUUUUAAAACAGCGCAUUGAAACACUAGAAAAAGAAAGUGCUUCCUUGGCAGAUAGAUUGAUACAGGGACAAGUGACCAGAGCCCAGGAGGCUGAGGAAAACUACCUCAUAAAACGGGAGUUGGCCACCAUCAAACAACAGACUGAUGCAGCCAGGGCUAAGCUGGAGCAGGCUGAAAGCACCAUCAGGGAGCUCCAGCACCAUCGCCAUUGGCAUAAAUGCAGUUCCACCUACAACGAAGAUUUUGUGCUGCAGUUGGAGAAGGAGUUGGUCCAAGCCAGACUGAGUGAAGCUGAGUCUCAGUGUGCCCUGAAGGAGAUGCAGGACAAAGUGCUGGACAUAGAGAAGAAGAACAACUCAUUUCCUGAUGAGAAUAACAUUGCAAGGCUUCAGGAAGAACUCAUUGCUGUGAAGCUGAGGGAAGCUGAAGCCAUUAUGGGUUUGAAAGAACUUCGACAGCAAGUCAGAGACUUAGAAGAGCACUGGCAGCGUCACGUAGCUCGGACUUCUGGGAGGUGGAAAGACCCACCCAAGAGAAACGCCGUGAGUGAGCUGCAGGGUGAGCUAAUGAGCAUUCGCCUCAGAGAAGCGGAGACCCAGGCAGAGAUGAGAGAGAUGAAGCAGAGGAUGAUGGAGAUGGAGACGCAGAACCAGAUCAAUAGUAACCAGCUUCGAAGAGCAGAGCAAGAGGUGACCAGUCUGCAGGAGAAGGUGUGCUCCCUGUCUCUGAAGAACAAGGGGUUGCUUGCCCAGUUGAGUGAGGCGAAGCGCAGGCAGGCAGAGAUUGAAUGCAAGAAUAAGGAAGAAGUCAUGGCUGUGAGGCUCCGGGAAGCUGAUAGCAUAGCUGCCGUCGCCGAAUUACAGCAGCACAUUGCUGAGCUUGAGAUCCAGAAAGAAGAGGGUAAGCUCCAAGGACAACUUAACAGGUCUGACUCUAAGCAGUACAUUCGGGAGCUGAAGGACCAGAUAGCAGAGCUGACUCACGAGCUCAGAUGCCUAAAAGGCCAGCGGGACUUCUCCAGCCGACCUCCUUUUGAUGGGAUCCACAUUGUCAGCCAUCUAAUAGGAGACGAUGAGUCAUUCCACUCGUCUGAUGAAGAUUUUAUAGAUAGUUCCUUACAGGAAAGUGCCAUUGGUUUUCCUUUGCACAGAAAAUCUGGCCCCGUGUCUCUGAAUCCUGCUUUGGCAGAUGGCAGUGAGAGCGAAGCAGAAGAUGGUGUGCUGGGAACUCAGGAGAGUGACCCGGAGGCUCCAGAGAAGCAGAUCCCACAGAGGGAGUCCUACUCAACUACCGUGUGACCGACCGACCGUCACUGUGACAGCUGGAGUCCUGAGGGCAGCAGUGUUACACGAGAAGAGCCGGAGCCAUCCCUUGUCCUGUACACAUCAGUCUGUUUUACAGUCUUCUCUGACUGUCUUUGCCAAAUGCUCACUGAAUUUCCAUUGCCACAGUAGACUGAAGUAUGUAAUUGGUAAAUGGGGCUCUAACAGUAUUACCGAGUAUAAAUGUUUCCUAUUUAGAAAAUACUGCUAUGUCUAAAUGUGAGGACUGUUUAAACAUUGAGGACUGUGGGAAAUUGGGUUCUUUUUAAACAAAACUGCUCUUGUGCAGUGUUUUAUGCUCCUUGAACAAACUGUACAUUUGUGUUCAUUAAUGUGCUUCCAAGUCAGCUGCCUUUACCCAUCUGACCAGAACUUAGAUGUGAUUCAACCUGUGUUUGAGGAUGUCUCUCUCUUCACUAAAAUUCAGUUGUUUGUGGCAAUUAGAGACUGUCACACGACACUUUUUCUCUGUAUAAUUUCUAAACACAAAGUAAUUGUUCUGAAAGUUUUUUGUUUUAGUUUCUAAGUUUUAUGUGUAUUAUACUUCUCUCUGUUAGUCAGAAUAGUAGCAGGUUGACUACAGAUAUAGUAUUUGUACAUAUUUAUAAAUCUGUAUCACCCAGCAUCCUCUUACAGGAGUAGCAAACAUUGACAAGGACUUCCUUCAGCGUUCUAACAAGACUUCUGUAAAUAACAGGUGAAAAGAAAACUAAAUACAAAUCAGACACUACCGGCUUAGCAGCUCUAGUAACUUGCUAGCAGAUUCAUAACUGAUUGCCGCUCAAACACUACUGGUGAAGUUCUUUCCUCCAUCUUUAACUAAUAAACUUGUCAUGGUUAAAGAGGCUAUAGCACAUACUAUUUCAUGCUAAUCUAUUUAAUAUAAUUUAGCACUAGAAUAAGGUCCAAGAUGCACAGCAAAUAUAUCUGAAAAAAAAAUGUUGUGAGUCUUCUAUUUAAAUUCUUUAGUUUCUAACGGACAGGUAAAGCCAUAAAAACCCUUUACUCUUAGUCGUUUCCUUGUGUUCAGACUUUUUCUCUAGAAAGCCGAAUGCCUGUUAGUUGUGAGUUGAGAAAGGACACUUAACCUGUGGGAAGGCUGCAGGCCACUGUUGACUGGAUGUCUCCACACUCUUGUUGGCAGCCUAGGAAAGGAAGAGCCAUAGUGGGAAAUAGAAUUUAGUACAUUUACGGAGGUGCAUUCGCACACAGAAUGUUGUAUAUGUAGAGAAAAAUGUUUUACAGAAUGGAGUAGAAGAAACAAAAAAGUUGUCAUUCUAAAACUGUGAUGCCUUACGCUGCAUUGGGCUAGGCUUUCCCAGCAAGACUGCCCCAGCUCCUCUCUUACUUGGCAGACAAGAUUGGAACCGUGCCGUCUGUGUCCAGAGCACCCACUAAAUUCUAGUAUUUAAUUUACCUGUGAUCACAAGCUAGUUAUUUAAGGUAUUAAUUCAAAUCUCUUUCCAGGCUUUUCUAAAGGCCUAGCUAAUGAGUUUUUCAGUUCCCUGCUCUCUGGCAAUAAAGUAGGUUUAUUUAAAUCUGUUUCCUGAGAGUCUUCUGUAGAGGUGGGCGUUCAUGAGCAUCAUAGUCAGGGCUCUGGUAAGAGUGGAUCCUGCUCCCAGUGUUGACAACACUGCUGGGGUCUAGUCCUUUAGGGUUCUCCAGACAGUCCUGAACUGUUAGUCCAGGGAGUUGUCGAUAGCCCAGUGAAGUGAAACGACUUGUAGCCCUGUUGUUAUCAAGAUCCACAUCAGGAAACCUGAAUGGGGCCAGCAGAACAGCUCAUAAGUUAGGAUGCUUACCUCUGAAUGCCCACGACCCUGUCUCCAGUUCCAGCACCACCAAAAACAAACAAGCUCAGAGAACUUCCUGAGCUCUUUGUGGUUUGAAGUAGGUGUGAAAUAACCAUGGUAAUUCAACUUGAAUUCAUUGACGCUGUUGUGCUCGAAGCAGCAUCUAUUCAAGGUUCUUUGAGUCAAGUCAGGUGUAGGGACUAUGCCUUCAUCUCCUCCUUUUCUGGAAGCUGAGGCAGGAGGAUUGCUUGAGUACAAGACCAGCCUGUGUAACAGUAAGAUUUUGCCUCAAAAAAAAAAAAAUUUGAAUUUACAUACACCUGAGAGAUGUGAAGUCCUUCUGGCCGUUAGGGUCCUGCAGGACACUUUGCUCCGAUCUGACUCGGUCUCAUUCAAACUAAUGUUUAGGUCUGUUUAGGACUGCAAGGGGUUGGACUGUGCUCUAAUGACGAGCUUUACUUCAUCUGAUAUCUUUGUGUCUUUCUAAUGGUAUCUGUUCUAAAACUUGAAGAAUGAUCUAAGGAGUAAAUGGGCGGACGACGGACCAUAGAAAACCCUGCUCUCUUGGGAUAGUGACUUUCCGCCCCAGGUGACACUAAAGGAGAGGCUGCAAGCCCAGACCUUAGGAUCCAGAAAGCACUUUAACAAACCUUCUUUUCAGUACUGGGGAUGGAACCCAGGGCCUUACACAGUGGGCAAGCUCUCUACCACUGUGCCACACCCAGAUCUGACUUCUUCAAAAUCAAUGCAUACAUUUUCUUUAUGGAGAACGAGGCCAAAGAGAUUGUUUUUUUCAACUUCGACUCUGGUUUCUUGUUGUUUGAAUUUUUUGUUUUGGUUUGUUUUUAUUUCGUUUGGCCAGUUGGCGGCCAGUCAGUCUUUGCUGGUUGAUGGAAACAUCAUAUUCCAGCUAACUGUCUGUCUGUGUUGAAAACAAGAGAAGAAGCCUUUUCUAGCCCUGAGCACAGUGCAGCUUGUGAAUUUCCAGGCAGUGCCUUUGAUUGGAAAUGAUGUCACUGCUUUUGAAGCACAUUGUCCCUGGCUUCGUAAGAAGUCACUUGGUUCUGUGUUCACCAUGCAUAAUGCUCUGUAAUUUCAAUUUUAGAGGCUAAGGAUGUCAAUUAUGUUUCGGUAAGCUCUUCAUGGUCAGCAUGGUCACUGCACAACACCAAGACAUUGCUGGCUAGCGUAUGCAGAGUCAGUAACUCACUAAAGCAGUGAGUUUCAGCGUGAAAGUUACUGCUACUCUAGAUGAGCAAGCAAUUUUUAAUUAAUUUCUUAUUAAUUCUGAAAUUAAUUAAAAUUUCUUAUUGACAGUAGAGUAGGCAGAUGCUAUUUAAAAUCCAACUUUUUACAUUACACCCAUGGACCUACAUACCUCUUCCUUCCAGAGAAGAGGUGGCACGGUAAUACAUUGGACAUGCAAAGUUAUAAAUGUAUUUCAUUGUACUGUUGGGUUUUCUUAAUUGUAACACUGUAUAACCUAAAAUGUUUACUUGUGCCUUUGCUUUAAAUAAUUAAAGUUUCUCAUUUUGCAAGA